GGAGAAUGCGUCCCGCAAUGGAAAGUUGCGAUUCUUCCAUUCUCCACAUGCUUUUCCUUGGAAUUCGGCUCACUCGUAUAAUUAUAAUAACACCCGUUUUUCUUGGGGCUUUUGGUUCUCUUUUGAAUCUACAACAACUGGUUGCGUAAUUUCAACAAACAGUUAGUAUUCAUCCAAAAGGAAAGAAGAAAAUGGUCUCUUUGCUUCUUUGGCAGCGGAAAGCUUCAGCCUUUGGGAUUUCUCGCAUCCUUCAAGUAGGAGAAGCUGAAACUUGGAAAGCAAGAAAGGCCUAUAAUAGUAGAGAGGCUAAAGAGUUUAGGUUCAUUAUUAUUGGUAUUGGGUCUUUGUCGCUUUUAUUUGGGCUUUUCAGUGCUUGUGUUGUGACAUUGUGAUGUCUAUCUUAUAUGUAUAUUUUUAUCUGGGCUUUUCAGUGCUUGUGUUGGCAUAUAUUCCAAGAUCAAUACUUUAGGUCAUUCUUAAACAUGUGGUUUAACAGAAAGUUCAGCACCUUCAUCCUAUUCUUCCUGAAGCACAAAUGAAGCAAUGGUAAGUGAGAUGAUCUGCCUUGCAUGAAUCCUCUUCCAUUUUCUGUAGCCAUUUCAAUGCCUCCUCUUCUCUCGAAUGUGCACAAGCAGAAGCAAUCAUGGCAUUAUAUGCCCAUCCUUUUGCUUUAUAUUUUGCUUUUCCGUGUCCUCAAAUAUUUUACGUGCAUCAUGAAGUCUAUCUGCCUUGCUCAGGAUGGAAAUCAAUAAACCAUAAAUGAAUUGUCUGGUAAACAACCAUCACUCUUUAUCUUCUCAUAAACCUCCAAUGCUUGA